AUGACGACCUUCUUCAUUCUUAAAGGACUUUCGGAAAUCCCCCUUUUACAGGUUCCAAUUUUUUUCCUGGUUCUUCUCGUUUAUCUCAUCUCUCUUGGUGGAAACAUGACCAUUCUUCUACUGGUUUGCCUGGAUUAUCAGCUCCACACUCCCAUGUAUUUCUUCUUGUGUAAUCUGUCCAUUGUCAACAUUUCUUCUACUACAGUAACACUACAUAGGGUCCUGGUUAUUUUUGUCAGUGGGAGUAAUGUAGUAUCUUUUACUGACUGCAUGGCGCAGGUAUAUUUCUUCUCAUGGUUGUGCGGCAAUGAGUUGGUAUUGCUUGCUAUCAUGAGCUACGAUCGCUAUGUUGCCAUUUGCAAACCAUUACAUUACUCAACGGUCAUGAAUGGUAAAGUCUGCGUUGGCUUGGCCCUAUUCUGCUGGUCGUUUAGUCUUCUACAAAUUCUGCCUGCGAUGGUUAUAUUGUCAAGAUUCUCUUGCUAUGCCACCAACGAAAUGAACCACUUCUUCUGUGACAUGAUAGGUCUGGUGAAGAUUUCCUGCGAUGACACCUCCAUUUUGGAACUGUUAGUGUUUACACAGGGAGCAUUACUUUCAGCCUUCACCCCUUUUCUCCUCACCUUCAUCUCCUACGCCUUCAUAAUUGUUACCAUAUUAAGAAUUAGGUCUAGUACAGGAAGAUCUAAAGCUUUCUACACAUGCUCCUCGCACAUAGCAGUUGUUACUCUUAACUAUGCUAGUCUUGUUUGCCAAUACUUGACCCCAGUGGGAACCAUUAAGUUUGGUAAAUUUUUGUCUUUGCUCAACACAGCUUUGAUUCCUAUGCUGAAUCCUUUCAUUUACAGCCUGAAAAAUAAAGAUGUGAAGUUGGCUCUACGGCGAAAACUCAAGUAUUUUAUGACCAGGUUUUGA